AUGGUUGGGUAUUUUUUCACUCUUCAAUUACCUGAAAAAAUCAGUAUUUUGUUAACGAAAGGCAGUGAAUUGCAAUUCAUUUAUGUGAACAAAUUAACCGAAGUCGCAAAUUCGCAAAAAAUCUUUGUUCAAGACGCUCGCAUAAAAUUUAAGAAAAAGCAGCAUUCACUAGCUGUUUGUUUGCAACCUAUUUUUCUUUUAGCAGAUUGGACAUUACUUGUGCAAUUUUUUGAGACAUGGAUAGCUCAAGGUGCUACAAAAUUUUAUGCUUAUAUGCAUUCAGCUGUGCCCGAAGUUGAUAAAUUAUUGAAAAUGUAUGAAAACGACCCCAAUAUUGCUAUUGAAAGGAUUGACUGGGCACCUUUGCCAACCUACGAUCCAUCUGCUUCGAGAGAUCCUAAUAAUCGAUUAUAUCGAACUGAGGCGAUUACAGCGAUAAAUGACUGUGUUCUUAAAGCUCGUUCAAUUGCUAAAUAUGUCGUUUCAUCGGACUUGGACGAAAUUAUUGUACCAUUGAAGACGACAUCUUUGCUUACACUUCUUGAUGAAUUUACAAAGAAACAUAGAAAUAUCGCAGCAAUGAUCAUUCGUAGUAGCUACGCUUAUUGGCAGGUCAUUAUCACUCCUAGAAAAUUAUUAUCAUUUUGGAUAAUUUUUGAUUAUCUGAAAAUUUUAAAUUAUAUUGACAUUAUUCAAACUGAUUGCAAAUUUAAAUUGCAAAGUGGUUUUUUUUUUUAA